AUGGCAAAGAGAAAGGUGGUUGAUGAUCAAAAUCAUCAGAAUCUUCAUCUUCAAAAGGGGUUUAAGUACUGGUGGUGGCAGUUGGUGGAAGGAAAUAGUGGUUAUAAUUUUUGUAUUAACGUGGUGAUUCUUGUGUUUCUAGCGCUCUUGAUCACUGUAAUGUACUUGCACACAGAAAGCAGGAUAGUACUUGAAGUCGAGAAACGAGCAGUGUUGCUUGAAGGCGUGAAUCAGAAUGCUAGCAACCACCACCACUCGAUCGUCGACGACAUUUUAUUGCACAAGAAUAACAAGUGCGACUAUUUCACUGGAAAUUGGGUUUUUGAUAAUAAGUCCCGCCCAUUAUACAGGGAUUGGAAUUGUUCCUUCAUGUUUGAUGAUUUGGCUUGUGAAAAGUACCAUAGGGAGGAUCUGAAUUACCAGUACUGGAGGUGGCAACCCAACGAUUGUGAUCUCCCCAGGUUUGAUGCGAAAGCGUUACUGGGGUUGCUGAGGAAUAAACGGCUGGUGUUUGUCGGGGACUCGUUGAAUCGAAAUCAAUGGGUUUCUUUCGUAUGUAUGGUCGAAUCCGCAAUUCCUCCCCUAUUCAAGUCCAGAAAAUUGGACGGCAAUUUGUACACCUUCAGUGCCAAGGAAUACAAUGCAAGUAUAGACUUCUACUGGUCUCCUUUGCUUGUGGAGUCGAACUCCGAUGAUCCAUACAACCAUCACUUGAGUGAAAGAAUCGUGAGAAGUGAAUCAAUCCAAAAGCACGCCAUGAAUUGGUCAAAUGCAGAUAUUCUCGUUUUCAAUUCCUACCUUUGGUAUAGAUCAGUCCCCAAAUUGAAGGUCUUACGAGGAAACUUCGGAGAUCCGAAACCAGUUUACAAAGAGGUAGAACGCGUGAAGGGCUAUGGGAUGGCAUUGGAUACGUGGUCUAAGUUUGUGCUUAGUCAUCUGGACCAUAAGAAGACCCGAUUAUUCUGGGUUAGCAUGUCUCCUACUCAUACAAGACCACAAAACUGGGGCAAGCCUGCAAAAGGACCGAGAUGCAUGAAUGAAACACAACCCACCUCCAAAGAGGAGCUAAAGGGAAGCGAAUCAGAGCCCAAGAUGAUGAACAUCACGGGAGAUGCAAUUUCAGACCUAAAAUCCAAAGGGGUGAAGAUUGAUCUUCUCAACAUAACUCAACUGUCGGAAUACAGGAAGGAUGGGCAUCCCACCGUUUACAGGAGGCUUUGGAGGCCAUUGACUAAAGAGCAGAUUGCGAACCCAGUCAAAUAUGCUGAUUGUACACAUUGGUGCCUCCCUGGUGUUCCUGAUGUUUGGAACGAAAUUCUUUAUGCUUACCUUCUUAGUGACAGCACUGCUUAA